ACAAAAAAAAUAUUGUGGUCAUCCAUAUAGUUCAGUUUGGAAAUAUUUUACUAGAGAAGAAAAAGUAGCAAAAGGAAAAUAUAAAGUAACUUAUAAUUUGUGUAGAACUCUUGGAAUCAUGAUAAACCAGCUGAAUUAG